AUGGACGCAUGCCGAGAUCAGGCGAGCAGAAUCAGACACUUGUGGCUGCUGUCCAUCAAAGAAUCACAGAUGAGGCAGAAAGAUGCUUAUUCAUCAAUAGGAAAGGUCAACACGUAUCAGCUUCUGUAUUGCCGUGUUGGAAUCGGUUAUCAUCUACAGAUCCAGCCCAAUGGAACUGUAAGGGGUGUGCACACACCGACCAAGCACAGUUGGGUGAAGGUGUUUGCAGUGAAGUCUGGAGUAGUGGGCAUUCGUGGCGUGAUAAUCAGGCUGUAUUUAUGUAUGAAUAAAGAAGGAAUCACACAAGGAAUGACACAUUUUUCAUCAGACUGUCUAUUUAAGGAGCACCUACAGGAGAACCACUACACAACAUAUUCAUCUGUAGCUCAUCCAGGCUUAUACCUGGCCCUGUCCAGAAAAGGACAUAUCAGGAGAGGAGACCUGGUGCAUCCACACCAUGCCAGCAGUCACUUCCUGCCUCGCAAAGUCUCAAUGAGCUGAACAACAUCACAUCAGCACUUUAAGUAGCAACUAUACCCCUCUAUAUACAACACUGCUUUUAUUCUGAAGAGGAACAGACUACCUGAAGAAAAGAAAUACUUCAUCAGAGGUAGAAAACAGCUACAAGAUAUCUUCUGAAAUCUAACAGGCUGAAUAGACCACUGUUUAAGAUGUUUAUAGUUGUGUAAUGUUGCAGGCCCCUUUGCACAUUUUCUCCUCUUAAAUUAUUGAUGGAUUGCUGGUACAUGCUUAAAGGUAUACACCACCCAUGUGUACUACUCUCUCAAGUGACGCUAGUGCAUGGAUUUUGACAAUGAAUUUAAAUUUUAUUUAUAAGAGAAACUAGACUUCUGCACAAGCCAACAGUUCACACAGAAAUGCGUACAUUCCCAGGAUACAAGGUUUAAAGGCUAGGUUCCGGUUCCACCACGUACCCUGAGGAGAUUAAAGCUCUUACUAAAGCAGAAUAAAUGUUAAGUAGAGUGAAUGUAAAUUUAAACUGUUUAUAUACUAUUUAUUUGUAGGUAUUCUGCAUCGAUACUGGUAUUUUAUAUGCAU